AUGGCCGACGAUUGGCGUGGGUCCAUCACCUUCUCCGACCGUCUCGACAUGACUUCCCAAAUUGGUGCUGCCUAUGCGGCCGCAAAUCCCCAUGCUUUCCCCACAGAAGCCUCCAAAUAUGCUCGAGUGGCCGAAUCGGACAUCCGCAAGCACGCUUCGACUUUGAAAGAGUACAACGAGCAGUGCGACGCCAUAAUCCAGCAACUCCUCGCCUCGGCAACACCCGCACCUCCUAUCCCAGACUUGCACCAAGACGAACACAUCACAUCCAACCUUCCCAUCACCGGCGGAGCUCGCAUUGGCCGCUACACGCAUGCAGAACACAUCAACGAUGGCAUCACCUCGGAAAUCUUCCGCGCCAUCGACCCCAACUCCCCAUCUCCAUCCUCCAGCCUUGUGGCGCUGAAAAUCACCAAUCCCUCCAUGACCACUCCUCCCCACGAUCCCAUCCGAGAAGCCCGCCUGCUAUCCCAGGCAAAAGGUCCACAGAUCAUCCCUCUGCUAGAAACAUUCCGUCAGCCGGACGGGCACUUUGUUCUUGCAUUUCCCUACCUUCCUCAUGACCUCAACUCUCUCCUGCACUCCAAAUCACUCACCCCUCCCGCAUGGAAGACCGUCCUACGAGACCUCUUUGCGGGAUUGGCACACAUCCACUCCUUGGGAAUGAUCCAUCGCGACAUCAAGCCCUCCAACAUCCUCCUUUCUUCCACCACGGGUCCCGCAAUGCUAGCUGAUUUUGGAAUCGCCUGGUCGCCCACCGACUCCGCCUCCGAACCCGCAGAUGCCAAGAUCCUAGACGUGGGAACCACCUGCUAUCGACCCCCAGAACUCCUCUUCGGACAAUCCAAAUACGGCGAGAAAUUGGACAUGUGGGCCGCCGGAUGUGUCGCCGCCCAAGUGAUAUGUCUGAAUGGCAAGACAUUGUUCGAUGCUGGUGAUCUGGGCAGUGAAUUGGCCUUGAUCAAAAGUAUCUUCGAGACCCUGGGCACUCCCGAUGAAGGCGUCUGGCCCGAAGCCAAGGACAUGCCGGAUUGGGGAAAAAUGCACUUUGUGAAGUAUCCCGGGAUGGCAUGGGAGGAGAUUUUGCCGGGUGCCGAGGAGUAUGGCGUGGAGUUGGUGAGAAAUUUGGUGCGGUUUGAGAGUGGGCGAAGAUUUGCUGCUGUCGAGGCAAUGGAACAUCCGUACCUGCUAGUAUGA